AUGUUCUUCAAGCUGGGAAACCCUGAAGAUAGGUACCAUGAGCUUUUGACUGCUUUAGAUGAUGCUGAUUUUGAUGUCUACAUGGAAUCUCUAUCCAACAUUAGAACCAAAUGGGUGGAGUCUGGUGGCAAGGCUUGUGUUACUUCACUGCAUCACAACAUAAGAAGGAAUCAAUGUUGGAAAGAUCUCAUGCAAGAAAUCCAUGCCUGGUUAAAGAAGAAUGGGGGUAUGUUGUACUUUCCAUGCCUCAUGUCUGCUUUAUGUAAAAAGCACGGUGUGAAAACAAGAGGAACCAAUGAAAUCUGUAACCCCCAAGCACCAUUGGUGAAACCAAAGGGGCACAGAAGACAAGCAGAGGCAGGACAUGUAUCGACUAGAGCUGAGUUCAUUUUUGAAACUGAUAAUGUGUUAUGGAGUGUUCUAUUGCAAACGUAA